CAGCAGCCUACAGAUUUGUUCAUUCAUUGAUGGCCAGCAGCAAUGGCAGAAGCAUACUCGUUCUCUCUGCUUGUUGAGCUAGGAAACCCUGAUGUCCCCAAAGUACAAAUCAAGUUGAUCAAAUAUUUCCAGAGUAAAAAGUCCAAUGGUGGUGAUUGUCUAGUUGAAGUCUCAAAUGGACAAAGAGCAGUUGUGUGGUUCCGGACAGAGGAGGGAAACACCAUCUGCUGUGAACUCAGGCAAACCAAAUACUGCUGCUACUGGUCCAAAAGACUUACUUCAGGGUGGAAACACAGCUCCUCCUGAGAUUCAGGGGGAGAUGGUUAGUGUGAGUGCACCAACGGACGAGGAAGAGCAGGGGUCCACCUCAGCCUUGCUGCAGAACAUUCAGGAGAGUAUGGACCAUGAGUUAUUGGAGAUGCUGGUGGAGAAUGUUUUAAAAGGUUCGCCUUCUGCAUCAGAGAACUUCAGUCUGGAGGUCCUGCCUGACACCUGCUUGGCUGUUGUGACAUUUCAAAAUGCAAAAGCGACUGAGCACUUCAUCACAAGCUGCCCCGGGAACAGAACGUUCAUUCAAAAACAAUUACGAGUCAAACCCCUGGAGAUUACAGCAAAAGUGAAAGUUGAAAACAUACCGCCUAGGUUUAGUUCAGAACACCUCAGCUUACACUAUGACAAAUAUGAGGUUGUGGAAGACGUUGUAAUGACUGAAGAGGACCAAUCUGCAAUCAUCACCUUUCAAGAUCCGAAAGCUGUUGACAGAAUCCUAAAACAGCAACAUAAAAAGAUGAAAGUUUUCCCAUUUUAUGAAUCUCUGGGAACGGCCCUGUAUGGCAAAGAUAGACCCACAUUGAAACUCCCUGCUGCCUUCACUGAGAACAUUGACCAGGCCAUUUGGAGAUACCUUUCUGACAAGCAAGGAGUUGCAGAGACCAUCCACAAGAAUAUGGCUGAUCACUUCUGCAAAGUAGACUUUCAACAACCUACCGUCCAGUUAAGCCCUCUGCCUUCUCUACUCCAGCAGAAGGAUGUCGAAGCCAAGCACAUCAACAAGUGGAAGACCACUGCCAAGGCUGUCUUCAUUCAAGCCUUGUCUAAAUUCAAGUCCUUAGAGCUCCAGAUCCAGGCCAACGCAUGGGAAGCUUAUGAACGUGCAAUACACAAGGAGAUGUCAGGGGAAGCAGUGGUUGUAGUUUCUGAUAAGCCUAGAGGUAUUGUGAAAGUGGUGGGAUUGGAAGAAGAUGUGGAUAGGCUCAAACAAACAUUAAAUGGGAUCAUGGACAGGAUUGCCAACAGCAUUGAGAGGGAGAAGACGGGAAUAACAGAGGAGUUCCCACUGCCGCUCUCUACCUACCAUAUACUUUUGCAAGACGGCCUACAGGACAAAAUUGCAGGUGAAUUUCCAGAGCUGAAAAUGACGUACAAUCAUCAGAACCAGAGUGUAAUCUUAUUUGGCUUGACACAAGAGGUUUUGGGUGCUAACAGGAAGUUUAUGGAAGGAGGGAUGGCAGUGAAACGGAGGAGGGUGCAAUUAGACAACUAUGUCUUUGAGUUUCUGCAGAAGAACAAUGAGGGAGUUGAGGAUCAGCUUACCAGUUCCCUUUUCACCUCACAUGGGAUUAAUGCAGGACUAGAACUAGAAAGAAAGGGAGUACAGCUCCUGGCUGUCUCAGAAGAUGUGCUGAGUGAAGCAGAAAACCAACUAGAUACCAUUUUGAUUUCACAAUACAUCGAUGUUGAAGACUCUAAUGUGCUGAAGAUGUCAGAGUGGCAAGACCUUGUCACUGAUUUGGAGAAAGCUUUCAACACUCCAUCAAAGAAAUUCAUCAUCAGGACACCUGGUGUAAAUCCAAGUCUACAAGUGGUACUAUCUGGCUAUAAGCAAACUGUUGAUUCAGUCCGGAAAAAACUUGAUGACUACUUAUGUAAGAAUGCUCCAGUUGAUGAAACUCUUGAGGUCAAGUCUAAGGCCAUUGUCAAAUUCAUCGAGGAACACAACAAAAAUGCUUGGUAUGAUAAGUUUAAAGACACAGUGAAAGUGUCUUUCAAAGAUAAGGACAUUUGCCUUAGUGGCAUCAGGGUUUAUGUCAAGGACUGCAUGGACUUAUUUCAAAACUUGAUAUCCUCAACAUCCUUUGAUAUCUUGAGAGUCUCCAAGCCUGGUGGAAGGAAGUUCUUCCAGGAAAAGGAGUCCAUGUGUGUUGAAGAAGUCUUGAGACAGACAGGCUGUGUGGUCCAUCUGGUUGAAAAGGAUGACCAGACGGUCCAGGCUAUGGAGGACACAGAUCAGAAGGGGUUUGGGAGCCAUGGAAAAAGUCUUCAGCAACAUAAUCAUCCAACUUUCUCGACACAGAACCAGCAUAGACGGAUUCAGAGCAGGGAUGGUUCUGACAGAGUGCAGACCAAAGAGGGGUUGACAAUCAUCCUGAUGAAAGGGAACAUCCAGGAGGCUACGACUCAGGUGGUUGUGAACACAGUGGGUCUAGACCUGCUACUUCAUAGCGGAGCGGUCUCGAAUGCCAUCCUAAAAGCUGCCGGACCCCGACUUCAAGACCUGAUAAAUGAACAGGGGACCGCUGGCAGUGCUGCUGCAGGAGCAGUCAUCAUCACAGAUGGCUGCAACCUUAAGAGCAAGCUGGUGUUUCAUACCAUUGCCCCUAAGUGGGAUCAAGGGAAAGGUGCAGCACAGAAGUUGUUGAGUGGAAUUAUGGAGGAAUGCCUGGGGAAGGCAGAGCAGCAGAGACUAGUCUCGAUGACCUUCCCUGCCAUCGGCACAGGAAUCCUAUGCUUCCCCAAGGAUCUGGUGGCUUCACUUAUGCUGGAUCAAGUCCUCAAGUUCAGCAGUAAGAAGAAGCACAAACACUUGAAGGAGGUUGUGAUUAUCCUCCACCCAGGUGAUCCAGAUACUAUCCAGAUCGAGAGGAUCCAGAACAGAAGCCUCUGGGGGGGCUUUCAGAUCAAGAAGAAAGACAUGGAGGUCAGGAACGGUCACCAGAACAAUGAGAGGAAGCUCUUCCAUGGAGCCUGCCACACAACUAUAGAUAAGAUUAACGGGCUUGGCUUCAAUCGGAGCUACGCUGGGAAAAAUGCUGCAUUGUAUGGAGACGGCACCUACUUUGCUGUCAAAGCAAAUUACUCUGCCAGUGACACAUACUCAAAACCGGAUCCCCAAGGCCAGAAGUACUUGUACCUAUGUCGAGUUCUGACUGGAGAUUUCACAACAGGAAAACCGGGGAUGAAAGUACCUCCACCUAAAAGCACCACAACUAUUCAGCUUUAUGACAGUGUGACAGAUGGUGUAUCUCCACCAUCCAUGUUCAUAAUCUUCCAUGACAAUCAGGCAUAUCCUGAGUACUUGAUCACUUUCAAGUAGGUGUGGGCGAUGUGGCCAAUACAUUGUAUCUAUCUUUUACAACUUUUUGAUCAUACUGAUACAUAAUAAAUUAAAUCUCAAUAUGUAAUUAGUUAUCUGUAACUCAUGUGGUUUAGCUGAAGUGUAAUAUCCAAAACCAAAAUCCCACUGGGCAAAAGCUGGUUUCCACGUCAUUUCAACCAAAAGAAUCCAUGAAGACGUCUGAAUCAACGUGGAAAACUGAUUAGAUUUGCAAAAAGAGAUCAAUGUAAGGGUAUUUUGUCUUUUUUUCACCCUACUUUUAACCUAAAUCAAAUGACAUGGUGACAUUUGUUGUUGAUUUCACGGUUAGUUAACAACUCAACCAAAUAUAAUCAAAACUAGAAGUUUAACUAACAUCUGUGCCCAGUGGGAUCUGCUUUAUAAUUAAAAUGCAAUUUGUUUUUUACUUGUGACAUGCUCUAUAUUGGAAUAUUCAGUCAAGUCAAACUCAACAUGUUUAGAUAGUAACAAUUUGAGCCAAGAAGGUUUUGUGAUUUUUACUGAUUCCAUGUCCACUUUGUUUGAAUGUCUAAAACAUCACCAGAACAUCUAACUUCACCAAAAAUAUUGAAUCACAUUCCCAGACAGCACAGAUUAAGUAAAAUCCUGGACUAAAAUGCUAUUUAAAUGGAGAUUCUCCAUUGAGCAUGCUUUUUUAGUCCAGGACUAGGCUUAAUAAUCUCUAUCCGGGAAACCAGCCCUUAGUGUUUUCACUUGAACAGUAAGUCAUCAGGUUUUGUGAAAGUUCACUUCAAGAAAGUAAUCACCUUUGGCGGUUCGCAGAGAACACAAUUCUUGCAAAGUGGGUCAUAAACCAUGGUCUUUGCCUUGUUGCAUGCAUAUAUUUGGAUUAUAAAGCCUUUCGGUUAAUGAAUAGUGAAUAUGUCUGUUCUGCUAAAUCUGUUGGUCUACAAUAAAUGUAAAAAUAAAGCUAAAAUAAAUAUAUUGCAUUAA